AUGCUUGAUGCUGCAAGAGAAUAUUUUGUUGAACUUCAGACUUGGCUCCUGGGUUCUAGUGGCAAACAUGAGGUAUGCAAAGAAUACAAUAUUGUUAAAAUUCAGCCAAUCAUGAGACAAGUCCACUCUCUAAACACGACUUCAAUUUUAAAAAACGCCAACAAAAUCACAGCAAAUUACAAACAGCCACCUCAUCAGCUAGCCCAGCUGCUUAAAAAGCCUUCAAAAGCAGAUCGGAGAGGCCAGACAAGAGCCAUCAGAUCAGUCAUGGCGAAUCUGACGGUCAUUGUUAUUCUCAUCGCCAUCACCGCCACAGCUGCCGCAGCAGCUGCGCCUCCAGCCACUCAAUACACAAACCACACCGUCGGUGGGCCCACCGGCUGGUUCUUCAACGCCACCACCAACUCUUCAUUCGCCAAUUACUCCUCUUGGGCCGCCUCCCAGACCUUCAAUCUCGGCGAUUACCUCAUCUUCAACACAAGCACAAACCAGACGGUGAUUGAAACCUACAACGAAACGACAUACCGUGGCUGCACGCCGGACGACGACGCGUUCGAGUACAGGGGCGGCAGCAAUGCGUUCGGGGAGGCGCAGACCAUCGCGGUACCGUUGACCCUCGAGGGUCCCGCCUACUACUUCUCCGGAGCAGGCGACGGCGAGCAGUGCCAGCGCGGCAUGGCCUUCGCAAUCCAAGUCAACAAAGGGCUCGGGUUGCCGCCGAUCCUCAACCAACCUCCGCCUCCGCCGUACAGUGAGCCUCCGAGUGCUUCGACUCAGUUGCCGCCUGUGACCAUCCCCGGAGAUCAGACGCCCCGGAAUGGAGGAAUGAGAAGCGGUGCUAACGUGCGCGAGUGGUUACUUGGGCUUCUUGCUUUGCUGCUGCUUCUUAGGCUGUGAGGAUAAGAUUUGUAUUUUGCUUCAUGUUGUAUGGUAGUUUUGUAAUUUUGUUUAUUAGGUGAGGAGAUUUGAAGAUAAUUUACAAGAACAUCCUUGAGGAUUAUUGUAGCUCUCUCAAAAUAAGGUUUAGGAUUUGGAAAUUACAACAUGAAAGAUUUUGAUUAUGAUUGUGCGCUUUUCGUCAUACAGUACUAGGGAUGAGGAAGGUUCGGUUUGGUAAUCAAUGUAACAUCAUAGUUUAAAUUUGUUCAUAAGUGAAUCAAUUCCAUUUAUUUGGUGACC